AUGCGUAGCCCAUUCGACACUAAUAAUGACCCACUGUUAUUUGAUUCGUAUGACUAUCCCGGCCAAUCAUCGCUCUUUGCCCCGACCCCAGAAUAUGCCCCGACCCCCGGAUAUGGCAUCUGUCAGACACCCUCGGUGAUUAGUUCGAUUAGCCCAGAAGACCGCCCAGAUGAAGCCUUUUCCCCGCAGCGCCGGUCGCCUCAGACAAACCAGAUCCAAUUACUUCAGUUGACUGAGUGGGAAGAAGGAAAAUUGUACGAUGAGCUUCCACCCACCUGUAUACACUAUUCGAUUGUGUGGAAGAUGACUCUCAACAACAACAAAUUUAUUUGGAAAAGCACAGAGCAAGACCUAGUGUUGGCUCCACGGUUCCACUGGCGUCUUUUUCUAGGGCCCAAGUUAAAGGAAGUUGCAAGCAAGAAAUUUGCGCAGAAAAGUGUUGAAUUAGAUGAUACAACUGUCGUCGUAUCGAAUCUAAGGGCCCUUGUGAGCUACACGGAGGAAGGUGGUCUGUUGAAAACCCACGACGACGUCCCUGAAUCAAUCCGUGAAAAGCUAUAUAUCCAGGAGCAGCAGCGACUUGAGAGGCAAAAGGGAGGCACUUAG